AUGGCACAUAUGGCCCAGCAGGAGGGGGAAGGUGAGCGAGAGAGCCGGGGAGCAAACGGCCGGCUUUGACCAUUCGUCCAGGCAUGCUUUGCCUGCCUUGUUGCACGCAUACCACAGAUGUGGCCCGGAGGGCCUUCAAGCUGAAAGCCUUCGUCGAGCACCUGCAGGAGUGCGUGUCGUCUAUCGGUACGCACACCAACACCACACCGAGUGCGCGAGGCGUGCACAUCCGAUUGUACGGCUGAUUGGGUGAUUGAUGGUUCAGAGAGGUGUUCGAAGCCCGUGAUCGCUGCGGUGCGUGGCGGGUGCGUGGGCGCCGGUGUGGACCUCAUCUGUGCGUGCGACAUCCGCCUGUGCACGCAUGACGCCUGGUUCACCGUCAAGGAGAUUGACCUGGGGCUUGCGGCCGACCUGGGUACGCCGACGGACGAACCAACGAACCGACAGAGAGGGCGACAUGUGUCUUGUCUGUGUGUGUGAUGAACUGAUUGACCAGGGACGCUUCAACGAUUGCCACGUGUGUGCGGCAAUGAGAGCUGGGUGGGCGGAUUGGCGGGAUGAAUGGAUCGAUGAAUGGGUGCACCCAUACAGUUGUGCUCAUUUCUGUCUGUCUGUCUGUCAGGUUCGUGAGCUUGCCUACACUGCCCGCCGGUUUGACGCACGAGAGGUAGGGAGGGAGGUGCGGCGCGGUAUAUGAAAUGGGAAACUGUAGAGCGAAUGACACGCAAGAGGCGAUUGUUGUAUGUGGCUGUGGGUGUGGGUGUGUAUGUGGUUGUGGGUGUGGGUGUGUCGUCGUGGUUCUUGAGUGAAGGCUUAUGAGCGCGGGCUGGUCAGCGCGAUAGAGCCGACGGCCGAAGCCAUGAGAGGUAUGCAAUUGACGACCCGCCUCGCUGACGGAAGACACUAUGUGUGGUCGUCCAUUCAUUAGAUGGUGCGCUCAAGUUGGCAUCUGUGAUAGCGUCCAAGAGCCCCGUGGCUGUCUGCGGCACCAAGGCGGCCCUCAACUAUUCACGAGACCACUCUGUUGAGGUACGGGUGUCUUUGUGUGUCUGUGCGUCUGCGUGUCUGUGUUUGUGUCUAUGUCUUUGUACCUGUGUGUGCGUGUGCCUGCAGGAUGGUCUGGUGAUGCAGCGGAUUUGGAACAUGGCAGCGUUGCAGAGUGAGGACGUCGGCAUUGCAGCCGCCGCUGCUGCACACAUGGGGGGGAGGGGCAAGACACAGCCGACGGCCUUCUCGAAGCUCUGA